AUGGAGAAGAGGCUGGAGACCAAGUUCAGCAUCAGCGUCCGAUUUCUGUCACGAGACUGCCUGGGAAGACCUGCAGGGGAGCUGAGAAGUCUGCAGCUGCUCUACCUGUGUGCUUGCCUGUGUGCCUUGUGCUCCUCAGCAGAUGGAAACUGGAACAGGUCUAAAUGCGAGCCGAGGAGGAUCCUGUUUGGCGGCCGUUUGCGACUGGGGGAAGAUCACCAUUUGCAGCUCCUGGAAGGAUCUCAUACCGUGUGGUCCUGCCAGGCUGCCUGCUGCCAGAACCCCUCCUGUGAUGCCUUCUGGUUCUUGGAAAAUGUGUGCAUCCAGGUGAACUGCACCAUGCCUGCCACGUGUGGUGCAAACAGGACUGGCUCCCCCGACUCUGUUCUGGUGUUUUUAAAGAAAGCAAAAAGCACAGAGCGCUUCUCAGAGCUUCCAACAGAAGGGGAGGUGAAGAGCUCGUUUCACAAGCACUUGGCCUGGGGCAGCCCUGUGCAGAGGGAGAAGAGGCUGCGGAGGUCGCUGCGGAGGUGGCAGGGGGGCAGUGCCAGGGUGGGAAGGGCCGGGGCAGCCAGGCCCACACCCAGCCCCAGCGCCGAGCCUGCGGCCGGAGCAGCCGGCACCAAACCCGGGGGCAGCCCAACUGGAGCCCAGCGUCUGAGGGAUCAGGUGCUGAGGCGCUUGGUGGCAGACAGGCCUGUUCCUGAAGACCAUCCAAAUGAAAAGAAAGAAUUGCUGAAAAAUGGCCAGAAUCCGAGAGAGCAGAAGGCCAAGAGCUCGUUCCCUCCCCAGAGCAGUGACGGGAGCAGGCCGGGUGACACAGGCAGUGCUGGCUUCCCACAGAUCCACACAGGAACAUCUGCACCAGAGCCACUGGUGUUGACUACAUUCUCCAGCCCUGUGGCCACAGGGAAGACUGAGAAGCCCGGGCAGCCAGAUGAUGCUGUGGUCCAUCCUCACUCCUCAGAGGUGUUGCCCACAGCCAACCCCAUGCCAGUGAAAAGCACAGCAAAGCUGGAGGUGGCUCCUUCUGUGCCAAGUGGAGUUCCCACAAACGGCAGUGUUUCUACCAUCCAGACCAACCCUGCUGUGUCCCCAGGCACCACUGCCCCCACACCAGCUAUGAAGGAGCUGGUGGUUUCUGCUGGAGACAGCGUUGAAGUGACCCUGCCAAAGAAUGAAGUUCGGCUGAACGCGUUUGUGCUUCCUGAGCCACCACCUCGAACCACUUAUUCCUAUGAGUGGGAGUUGAUUACUCAUCCAAAAGACUACAGUGGAGAAAUGGAAGGGAAGCACUCCCAGACCCUUAAGUUAUCCAAGCUCACUGUGGGUCUGUACGAGUUCAAAGUCGUCGUUGACGGGGCGAGCGCCCGUGGAGAGGGAUACGUGAACGUCACGGUGAACCCGGAGCCUCGGGUGAAUCAGCCUCCUGUUGCCAUCGUGUCCCCGCAGUUCCAGGAGAUUUCACUGCCAACCAUCUCAACUGUCAUUGAUGGCAGCCAAAGCACUGAUGAUGAUAAAAUUGUCAGCUAUCACUGGGAAGAGCUGAAGGGUCCUUUGCGGGAGGAGAAGGUUUCUAGCAACACUGCCAUCCUGACACUGACCAACCUGGUACCUGGGAAUUACACAUUCAGUCUAACAGUAGUGGACUCAGAUGGUGCCAGCAACUCCACCACUGCAAACCUGACUGUGAACAAAGCAGUGGAUUAUCCUCCAGUGGCAAAUGCAGGCCCAAACCAAGUGAUCACCCUGCCUCAGAACUCCAUCACCCUGUAUGGCAACCAGAGCACAGAUGAUCACAGCAUCGUCAGCUACGAGUGGCUGCUCAGCCCCAACAGCAAAGGGAAGGUGAUGGAGAUGCAGGGGGUGAGGACACCAGUCUUACAGCUCUCUGCAUUGCAAGAAGGGGAUUACACCUACCAGCUCAUAGUGACUGAUUCUGCUGGGCACCAGUCCACUGCAGAGGUCACAGUGAUAGUCCAGCCAGAGAACAAUAAACCCCCAAAGGCAGAUGCUGGUCCAGAUAAAGAAUUAACCCUUCCUGUGGACAGCACCACUCUAGAUGGCAGCAAGAGCUCAGAUGACCAGAAGAUUGUCUCCUUUCUUUGGGAAAAAACACGGGGCCCAGAUGGUGUCAAGCUGGAGAAUGCCAACAGCAGCAUUGCCACUGUAACAGGCCUUCAGGUUGGGACCUACGAGUUCACUCUGACAGUGAAGGAUGAGAGGAACUUGCAGAGCCGAAGCUCGGUCAACGUCAUUGUCAAAGAAGAGAUAAACAAGCCACCUGUUGCAAAGAUUGCUGGCAACGUUGUCAUCACGUUGCCCACAGAUACAGCAGAGCUGGAUGGAUCAAAGUCCUCUGAUGACAAGGGAAUUGUCAGCUACUUGUGGACCCGGGACGAGGGCAGCCCUGCAGCUGGGGAAGUCUUAAAUAAUUCAGAUCAUCAUCCUGUCCUCCUCCUGUCCAAUCUGGUAGAAGGCACCUACACAUUCCACCUCCGAGUGACAGAUGCCAAAGGAGAGAGUGAUGUGGAAAGGACCACAGUGGAAGUCAAACCUGAUCCUAGGAAAAACAACCUGGUGGAGAUCAUUCUGGAUGUUAAUGUCAGCCAGCUGACUGAGAGGCAGAAGGGGAUGUUCAUCCGCCAGAUAGGGGUUCUGCUGGGGGUCCUCGACUCAGACAUCACUGUGCAGAAGAUCCAGCCCUACACUGAGCAAAGCACGAAGAUGGUGUUUUUUGUGAGGAACCAGCCCCCCCAUCAGAUAUUCAAGGGCAGAGAGGUGGCCUGGGCACUGAAGAGCGAGCUGCGGAGGCAGCAGUCAGACUUCCUCAUCUUCCGGGCGCUGGAGAUCAACACAGUCACCUGUCAGCUGAACUGCUCGGAGCACGGGCGCUGCGACUCCUUCACCAAGCGCUGCGUCUGCGACCCCUUCUGGAUGGAGAACCUCCUCAGGGUGCGCAUGGGGGACGGCGAGAGCAACUGUGAGUGGAGUGUGCUGUAUGUGAUCAUUGCAUCUUUCCUCAUUGUGGUUGCCUUUGGAAUCUUAUCCUGGAUGGUGAUCUGCUGCUGCAAGAGACGAAAAGGAAAAUCCAAAAGAAAAAGCAAAUACAAGAUUUUGGAUGCAACAGAUCAAGAAAGCCUGGAGUUAAAACCAAAUCCCAAAGCAGGUGGCAGGCAGAAAGCUCAGGUCCUCAGCACCAGCCUGAUGCACUCGGAGUCUGAACUGGACAGUGAUGAAGCCAUCUUCACGUGGCCUGACCGGGAAAAAGGGAAACUGCUCCGCAGCCAGAACGGCUCUGUGCGCAACGGGCAGGUGAUGCUCAAACCCAAGACCCAGAGGGAAGAAGUCCUAUAGCUCCCCUCAGGUGACCUCUCACUGGAGCUCGCUGGGAAAGGCCACUCCUGCCCCUGGCCUCCAAGGGUCUUUUGGGGCCGGGUUGAUCUGGACAACGCUGCUAACUCCUUUCACAGAAAACAACUUUGGUUUUGUGGGUUUCUUUUCAUUCAGUUAAAACUGGUUGUACUUGAAUUUGAACUUCAAGGGAAGUAAAA